GCCGAGUCUACCACAGCCUCUGCAGCCUCAGAGCUGGCCGUCGCCCCCACCGCCCCCACCACCGCCCCCGCCGCCAUCGCCGCCGCCGCCACCGCCACCGUCAUCUCCGCCGCUGCCGCCGUGGGGCCCUUCCCCUUCACCGCCCCUUUCGUCGCCUCUGCACACUCUGGACCUUCUGUCCUGGAGAAGAAGCUAUAGUCGGUCUCCCUUGUGGGCCCGGGGCGCAGCCAUGGCGGACGGCGGCGGCGGCGGGGGAACGGGCGCGGCGGGCGGCGGCGGAGCGGGCCAGGCCUCUGUCGGGGCAGCGACGGGCGCUACUGGGGCCGGCGGGGGCGGGGGCCCCAUCAACCCCGCCUCGCUGCCUCCCGGCGACCCGCAGCUCAUCGCUCUCAUCGUGGAGCAGCUCAAGAGCCGGGGCCUCUUUGACAGCUUCCGCCGGGACUGCCUGGCCGACGUGGACACAAAGUGGAGUCUUUGCGUUUGCUCUCUCAGUCUUUCAGAAGAGUCCACUCAUGGAAUUGAGCCAGCUUACCAAAACCUGAGGCAGAAAGUGGAUAAUUUUGUGUCAACACAUCUGGACAAGCAGGAAUGGAAUCCUACAAUGAACAAAAACCAGUUGCGAAAUGGUCUGAGGCAGAGUGUGGUUCAGUCAGGGAUGUUGGAAGCUGGAGUAGACAGGAUUAUUUCUCAGGUGGUGGAUCCUAAACUAAACCACAUCUUCAGGCCACAAAUAGAACGAGCGAUUCAUGAGUUCCUGGCAGCCCAGAAAAAAGCAGCUGUGCCAGCACCCCCUCCAGAGCCCGACGGCCAGGACCCACCAGCUCCAUCUCAGGACACUUCCUAAGAAUAUGCCUGUCACCUUUUGAAAGCUCAAUUUUUGGCGAAGAAAUGGAUUCGGUUACAUAAGAGAGCAACUUCAGACCGAAGAUAGGCCAAGGUCGUCACUGGUCUAAAGAUUUCAACCUUGACUAUGGGCAGUGAACAGAUUGAAAGGGGAGCAAGUUCAGCAGCAGGAAAGUUGACUAUGUCACCCCCUACAUUGUGCUGCCAUUUGGUCCCCUGUCCAGGGGUGUGACACCAAGUAGACACUACAGAGAGAGAAACACUAAAGCAACCCAGGGUUAUCCUGAAACAGACUACUUGAACAUGGAGACUGCACAUGGACUUUAGGGUUUGUGCUCUGGGAGAAACAAAAGCUACAGGGAGAGAACAUAACCGAUCCCAAAGACAGUUUGAAAGAACAGUGACAGUAAAGGUUAACUGGGGGUGGUAUUUGACAGUGCUUAUUUAAUACUGUCUCUCAGAGUUCCAAACUAGAUUGUACAAGUCAUUAGCGUCAGAUAGCUUUAAAGUUGCGACCUUCUUGUACAUGAAUCUUCUAGCCAGUUUCCUUUCCUUUGUAAUAGGUAACAAAACAUGAAAUCCUAGAAUGUGUGAAAAGUUCAGACAUGAGGUAUAAGGAAACUCAUUUGCAGGCUCUCUGUCCGGAGCUGCUUCCUGUCCUGCAGGGGCUAGUGAGUCUUAUAUAUGUUUACUUUAUUCUCACAUUUGUGUUUUUUUAGGAAAGUGGUCGGUAAAAUGGCUUAUCUUUCAUAAUAAAGUCAUUUGAUACUCUUA